ACAUAUGACAACAUGGUGGCGCGCAUCAGUGGUAGAAGCACGUGAGGUACGCGUGCCAUUACCACACAGUAGCUGAGCAACUGUCGGCAGUUUAGGAAGAGCUUUUACUGGCGAUUUUAGCGAUGGUGCAUAGAGAAGUGUGCUCGCGUCUGCUAUUAGCUGCGGCUGGUCGUUCUACCGUAGGUGCUGCCGGCAUCCAGCAGCGGCUACUCUGGAGCACGCCGCGUCGCCUCGGCAACACGGCGGCGGCUCGAUUGCUGUUGGAAGGGAGGCAGCAACGAUGGCGUCCUGUAUUAUGGGCUUUACGGCCUUACUCGACGCAGCCGGAGUCUAAGGAACACACUAUCAUUAAGAAUGAUGAACGUGGAAGCGGGCCAAGUGAAAUGCACGAGUUCCGGGCAGAGACGCGUAUGUUGCUGGACAUUGUGGCCAGGUCGCUGUACUCAGAAAAGGAGGUGUUUGUGCGUGAGCUGGUAUCGAAUGCAAGUGAUGCCCUUGAGAAGCUUCGCUAUGUGCGACUCACAGAACCUGAGUCGGUAUCAGCAGACUCCGCUGAAGCUCCCCUGGAAAUCCACAUUGCCACCAACAAGCUGGCCAAAACGUUCACCAUUCAGGACACAGGCAUUGGCAUGACACGAGAGGAAAUGGUUGAGAGCUUAGGCACCAUAGCACGGUCAGGCUCCAAGGAGUUCCUUAAGAAGCUGGCUGCGAACGACACCAAUGCAAACUCCAUCAUUGGCCAGUUUGGUGUUGGCUUCUAUUCGGCCUUCAUGGUUGCUGACCGGGUGGAAGUGUUUUCGCAGUCACGUUGCGUAGGAGCCAAGGCAAUGCGCUGGCUCUCGGAUGGCUCGGGCCAGUACGAAAUCUCGGAGGCCGAGGGCGUCCAGGAAGGCACCAAGAUUGUGCUCACGUUGAAGCCGGAUUGCUCGGACUUUGCUGAUGUGGACUUUGUGAGCAAAGUGAUCGAGAAGUACAGCAAUUUUGUAGGCAGCCCCAUCUACCUCAAUGGGCGACAAGUCAACACACUGCAGGCACUGUGGCUCCUGGAGCCCCGGCAGGUGACACAAGCACAGCAUGACGAGUUCUACCGCUACCUGUCAGGGGCAUUUGAUGUGCCUCGCUUCACAGUGCAUUUUUGCACUGAUGUGCCCCUCUCCAUUCGAUGUCUCCUGUACGUGCCCGAGGGCAAGCCCGGUCUCUUUGACAUGAGUCGCGAGAAAGAUGGUGUGGCCCUCUACUCGCGCAAGGUGCUGAUCAAGCCAAGGGCAGAAAUCCUCCCCAAGUGGCUGCGUUUUGUCACGGGCAUUGUCGAGAGUGAAGACAUUCCUCUGAACCUGAGCCGAGAGCUGCUGCAGGACAGCGCACUCAUCCGAAAGAUUCGCACCAUCAUUGUUGGACGACUCAUCAAGCACCUGGCACGCUGCGCGGAAAAGGAACCGGAAAGCUACAGUCGCUUUUACCGGGACUACGGGGUUUUCCUUAAGGAGGGCAUCUUAGCCACUCAUGAACAGGCAGAGAAGGAGGAGAUAGCACAGCUUCUGAGGUUCGAGUCGUCGCAGCAGCCAGCUGGUGAAACAGUGACCCUGCCCGAAUACUGUGGACGCAUGAAGGAGGGGCAGCGCGACAUCUACUACCUGGCCGCUCCAAGUCGUCAGUUAGCGGAGGCAUCCCCAUACUUUGAGGCAGUGCGUGCACGAGACGUCGAGGUGCUUUUCUGCCUCGAGCCAUACGAUGAGUUGGUGCUGGUGCAGCUGCGGCAGUUCAGUCGCAAGAAUAUCACCUCAGUGGAGAAGGAGAUGCGCAGGGACGCCGAGGAGAUCCACGAAGAACCAGCUGAGGUGCAAGGCCUGGCCGAGUGGCUCAAGGCAGAACUAGGGCCCAUGGUGCACAAGGUAAAAGUGACGCGACGGCUACAAAAGCAUCCAUGCCUGGUGUCCGUAGAGGAGAUGGCAGCAGCGCGGCACUUUGUGAAAACAUCACUGCAAAGUUUCUCAGAAGAAGAGCGCUAUCGCCUUCUGGAGCCCACGCUGGAGAUCAACCUGGAGCACCCAAUCAUUUCUAAGCUCGCUGCGCUUCGUACUUCAGAACCUGAGCUAGCCAAAAAACUUGCGAGGCAGGUUUUUGGCAAUGCCAUGCUCACAGCAGGUUUAAUUGAUGACCCGCGGAAGGUCACGUCAGAGCUAAACGAUUUGCUCACUGCUCUCUUGGAGAAGCUCUGAGGCAAAAGCACGGUUAUUAGUAGGGUUACCAAACUUUGCAUUUAAUGCUGGUUAAUGGCAGUGCUGAUAUCACUACCAUUGUAUGACAAUUUGUUGGCAUCAUCUUAUGGCAUAUUUGGGUGCUCAUGUCAUAGUGCUCUAGUAGCUCUAUGUUCCAUUGCUGAUAAGUUAGCAAUAUUAUCACUGCUGUAGUUGAUUACUUUCAUAAUGCAGCUUUAAAGCUGUUUUUCACCGCCUUCAUAGCACUUCCAGAGCACUUCCUAACGACCACCCAAAUAUGCCAUAAGUUAGAAUUCUGCACAAAGUUUCAGAAGAGAGUAGUAGCUCUUACGGGCAACCUUUGUGGGCUGUAGGUUGCAUCAUCCCUACAAUUCACAAUCUCACGUACCCAGAAUGUGCUAGACUAACACAAACGAGACGCAGUAUAUUUUAAUAGUAUUGAACAAAACUGUUGUGAUCCUUUAUUCACACAUCAGAGGUUGAACUGAAUGAAGCAGUGCCAGACUGCUUUUCUUUUUUCCUUCUUUAGAGCUUUUAAGCACAAUGUGAUAAGCCAGUAAUACAAACUGUUAUCGAGUCUUAGGCAACACAAAUUGUAUGGUUGAAUUGCAACAUGCUGUUGAUGUGAGCUUAUAUUGGAAAUGCUUUAUCAUUUUGAGACAAAUACAAUCUUACUUUGAAUGACUAUUGAAGUAGCAAUAAUGCACUGCAAGAAUGGCUCCUCCUUCUUGUGUGAACAGGCGAUUACAUUCUAUCAGAAAAAUAAUUAUACUUCCUGGGUGUGAUUUUGUGCACACAUGGCAUCAUCGGCUUUUUCAUGAGCAUCAUGCAAGUCAAUAGUAUGUUCCAUUUAAAGUAAAGUUGUUUAUGUUGAAA